UUUAUCUUUGGUUCUGAAAUAAAGUUUAUGAUGUGGCUUAUAGCAUGGGUGAUGAUGAUUGGUCUGACACUCGAGAAAGAAGAUGAAACAAUGCAGGGAGACAAUUAACGCUCAGACAAAAGGUAACCGACAUAAACCGAUAAAUGCCAUGGAUAUUCCAAACUACGAUAUCACCUCACCCUCCAGAUUUCCCUCAAUAUACAAAUCAUUUACCGCUCUAUAUAUGUAUGUAUACGGUGAUUCAAAUACCAUAUAAUCGACCAAGCAAAGAGCUUCAACGCCAUCCCAAAACAGAAGCAAUGAAAAACCAGUAUCACACCUCUCAGCUAUCAUCCAACCAGUGCGGUUCAAGCCUAGUUCAAACCAUCGAUGCCCCACUUCCUCUAGUAUGGUCCAUAAUCCGGCGCUUCGACAACCCCCAAGCAUACAAGCUAUUCGUGAAGAGUUGUAAGUUGAGGUCAGGCAACGGCGGCAUCGGGAGCGUGCGUGAAGUGAUGGUGGUGUCAGGGUUGCCGGCUGCCACCAGCACGGAGAGGCUGGAUGAACUUGAUGAUGAGUGUCAUGUUAUGAUGAUUAGCAUCAUCGGAGGUGAUCACAGGCUUGUUAAUUACCGCUCUACUACUACGCUCCAUGAAAUUAGCGAAGAAGGAAUGAAUGGGGGGAAAACAGAGGUGGUUGAGUCGUACGUGGUGGACGUUCCCGCGGGGAAUAGCAAGGAGGAUACCUGCUGUUUUGCCAAUAUGAUAAUUGGGUGUAACUUAAGGUCUUUAGCUAGGAUCACAGAAAAAAUGGCCAAGUUUCACUUGUAAUUGUAGACUCGGGGGUUGGGUAUUAGCGAGUAAUAUCCUCUUAAGUAAUUUAGGAUUAGAUUAAAAGAAUGUUUUGAAAUUUUUUUUUGUUAAAAUUUUAAAUUAGAAGAGAUGGAGUAGUAAAAAUAAGUUGUUCUCAUGAUUCCAACCUUCAAUAGGUUUUUUUUUAUGGGCCGAUAUUGUUUGUCAACGAAGUAUUACUACUUCACUUUU